AUGACCUCGCCAGACGCCCCGAAUGGCGACGAAUAUCGCACCGCGCGCCCCACAAAGUUCCGGUUCAAAUCGAAGCGCCCACGAGACCAUGAUCGCUCCGACCCCUCCCACCGACACAAGCGUAGAAAGGGUGAAGAUGAUGGACAGCACCGGCACCAUCGCCGCCACCACAGUCGGAAGCACAACCGCUCGACAACCGUGAACGAUGACCCAAGCGCCUAUGAUGACGCCUACACCGCCACAACCCGAUCGGAUCAGUAUAUGGAUCCUGAUGCCGCCUUCCGCGAGUCUCUCUUCGACGCCCUUGCCGAUGAUGAGGGAGCUGCAUACUGGGAAGGAGUCUAUGGCCAGCCUAUCCACACGUACCCCAUCGAACAUCAAACGCCUACAGGGGAGCUGGAGCGCAUGACGGACGAAGAGUACGCCGAGUAUGUCCGACGCAAGAUGUGGGAAAAGUCGCAUCAGCACAUACUCGAAGAGCGCGAGAGACAAGACAAGGAAAGGCAGAAGAGAAAGGCGGAUGAGAAAGCACAGCGCGAGCGGACCAGGUACAUGCAAGAGGAGCAUGACAGUUUCCAAAGAAGUGUGGAAGCAAGCCUGAAGCGAGGCGAAGAACGGAAAGCCAAGAAGAAAUGGAAAGAGGUCUGGGCAAGAUACACCAAGGAAUGGGAGGAUAUUGCAGCUGGCACCGCGGACAAUGGCCUCGCAGUCAAAGAUUUGUUGCCAUGGCCCGUCGAAUCAGGCAAAGUCAAACACGUCUCAAAGGACGAGGUGGAGCACUUUUUCCGAAGUGUACCGCUUGGAGAGGAGGAGCUUGCCACGCAAAUCAAGGCAGAGCGCGUACGCUGGCACCCAGACAAAAUCCAGCACAAAUUCGGAGAGCGUGGCAUUGAUGAGGCCACUAUGAAAGCCGUCACCGCCAUUUUCCAAGUCAUUGACAGGAUAUGGAGUGAGGUGCGCGAGAGGAAGGCAAAAGCAUGA